AUGCGCCAUACCUCUACUGUUUUGUUGUCCUUAUUGGCCUUACCUGGUGCCGCCCUUGGGUAUGACGUCAAGCCGUUCAAGGUCGACCUCAGCUCUCGUGUAUCACAUCUCAAAGAACUAGUAAAGUUGACGAAACUCCCCGAGACAUCUGUGCUCGGGAAAGCCGGUGCUGGAACCGACCUCGGAUGGCUCAAGACCGACAGAAAGACUGGCUCGGAGGGAUCGUUUUAUGAAUUCCAUGAAGUUAUCGGCCCGCUGAGCAAUCCAGGAUCUAGCUCAAAUAUAUCGUUCCACGUAGUGGUGCCUUCACUUCCCGGAUUUGGGUUCAGUUCUCCCGCCCCUCCCGGGUGGACGUUGAACAACACCGCGGAUUUAUUCAACACUCUUUUGACAGAAGUUCUAGGAUAUCGGUCUUAUACGGCAUCAGGGGGUGACUGGAAACAGCGCUUGCGAAACAAUUUGGUUUUUACUACGGAAGGGUUUGGGUAUUUUAUUGAACAUUCCAACAGACCGGCGACCAUCGGUUUGGCUCUAUACGAUAAUCCAAUCGGCCAACUGGCUUGGAUCUCAGAUCUUUACUUUUACGGUGCUGAUCCAUUGAUUGGCGUGACGCACUCGACACUCGAUAACAAUACUAUCCUAACCUCCGUUUCUCUUUAUUAUUUGACACGCACCUUUGAGACUACAGUCAACGUCUAUUACCAGAAUCAGGGUCAAUUCACGGCUGUUUCACGACACGCAGUCAAUCGUGUUCCUAUGGGAUUCGCAGAUUACCGCUACGAGCUUCAGUACUACCCGGAAUUUUAUCUCCAGCAAGUCGGCAACCUGGUCUACCAUUCAGAACACGAGAGAGGAGGUCACUUUGGGGCUCUUGAUAAUCCUCCAGCCUAUGUGGAUGAUGUCAGGACCAUGAUGGGACGUUGGUACAAGCCCUGA